UUAGAGUAUAAGCCAGGCUUAUUUCGGUUAGCCAGGCUUAUUUUUGGUAGAUUCGGUUUCAUAAAUCAAACUUAAAAAAGUUCAAACUCAGUUACCCCGGCAACUUAUGCUGGCAAAUUAACCUGGUCCGGGGCAGGCUAACUGUCAGGCUAAGUCUGAGUUCAGGCUUAACGAACAUACCAUUUAUACUCACCUGGCUGGUAAUUCGAUGUCAUUUUAUUUUACUUAAUUUUUUUUUAAAUAAAUAAAUAAAUAAGGAAAUGUACUUUACUAAUAAAUGUAAGAAAUUAUAAGGUAUAAAUACACUAAGAAAUGUUCAAAACCUCUGUGUUUAAUUGGUGAGUUUGGUAAUUAAUUAAUUAAAAGUAUAUAAAUAGGGAGCUGAACUCGUUUCCAAACUUAACCAUGGCGUGUCCUUUCAUAGAUGAGGUGGUGGAUGAGGGAGCUAUAGUCUUGCGGAGGGCAUUUCAAAGAGAGAGAACUUUCAGAGACAGGUCAGACCCAUUGGCUUUUAAUGACAGCUACCUGUAUGAGCGAUAUAGGUUCUCAAGAGAUGGGAUUGCAUAUAUUUGUAGAUUACUAAGCCCACACAUUGCAAAUAAAACACGCCGCAACAGAGCGCUCACAGUCCCACAGACGGUGUGCAUUGCACUUCGCUUUUUUGCCAGUGGAACAUUUUUGUACACAGUUGGAGAUGCAGAGAAUAUCAGCAAAGCAUCAGUUUGCCGCUCUGUACGAACUGUGUACCUUUCUUUAAAAAGACUACUCAAUGUGUUCAUCACAUUCCCUGGCCACAAAGCUAUUCGUACCAUUAAACAUGCCUUUUAUGGAAUAGCUGGUUUCCCAAAUGUUAUCGGUGCAUUGGACUGCACCCAUGUGCGUAUUAAGUGUCCGUCUGGUCCACAUGAAGCGGACUUUGUGAAUAGGAAAUCAGUACACAGCAUCAAUGUACAGAUGAUUAGUGAUGCAGAUUGCAUCAUCACAAAUGUAGAGGCCAAAUGGCCAGGCUCUGUGCAUGACUCCAGAAUCUUUAGAGCCUCAUCUCUCUACCAACAACUAGCAAGAGGAGAAUUCUCAGGAGUUUUGCUGGGAGACAAGGGAUACCCAUGCCUGCCUUACCUCUUGACUCCCUAUCAGGAGCCCCAGACAGAGGCACAGCACCGCUACAACAUUGCCCAUGCACGCACAAGAGGUCGUAUAGAGAUGGCAUUUGGGCUGAUAAAGUCAAGGUUCCAGUGCCUGAAGCACCUCAGAGUGACUCCACCUAGGGCAUGUGACAUUGUAGUUGCUUGUGUAGUGCUCCAUAACAUUGCUUGUCUGAGGAGAGAGAGGCAACCAAGGAUUGUUGAAGAGGAAGACUGGGGCAAUGAAGCAGUAUUGGAAGAAAACGAAACAGGCAGACUUAUACGAGACACAUAUGCAAAUAAUUAUUUUGCUUUAAGGCUUUAAAA